GACACGGUUUUAGGUUUAGUUUUUUUAAAAUUGUAAAUACGUUAAGAAUUUAUAUUAGGUACUUAAGAAUCGUCGCUAAAGGGAUACUAUUUAUACAAAAAAAAAAAAAUCUAUAAUGAUAUUUAACAUUGUUUAAAUAGUAGUCGUAUUAAUUUUAUUAUUUGAGUACAUGUUAUCAUCAAGCAAACCGGUUUCGCUAAGUAUGCUCUAACAUAUUUCGUGUCAAAUCUCAAGUGAGGAAAAUCGAACAAGUUAGUGAAUCUCGAUUGUUACGAAAAUGUGGCUAAAAAAUUUUGUCUUAUUCUUAAUAUUCCAAAUUAUCAUCGCCGGAGAAGUUGGCGAUAAUUGCAUACCGCACGAAGAAGUUGAUGAAGGAAUUUGCAAAUCCGUGAUCGAUUGUGAGGUAGCAAUAAGAACAAUACAACAAAAUGGAAACCAUCCUUUUAGAAGAUGUGGUUUUCAUAAAGAUAUGGAAAUUGUAUGUUGCCCAACUAGAAAAUAUGUAGUACCAAAACCAACAAAAAAACCUGCCACCAAACCAACAGCGGAUAAAUUUGGUGAUACAAAUACUCGCUCUCUAAGAAUUGCAGAUAAGGAAUGCCAGAAGAUUGUUGAGACAAGCUUGCCCCCACUAGGUUUACAUAUAAUAGGUGGGGAAACUGUAUCACUUGGGGAAUUCCCACACAUGGUGGCGCUGGGGUAUGAACGAACUGAUGGUUUCGACUUUCUCUGUGGCGGGUCAUUGAUAUCGCGAACGUUCGUCCUUACAGCUGCUCACUGUGUGGACACUUUGGACCAGGUGAAGCCGAGUAUAGCUCGCAUGGGAACAAUAGAGAUUGGUGACAGACAGUGGAGCGACGAGACAGAUGGAAGAAUAAAUGAAAUUAUAACACACCCGUCAUACAAAAGGCGUACUAAAUACCACGAUCUGGCUUUAUUGAGGUUAGAGAGUCCGGCGCAGUUUUCAACGAAUUUAAACCCUGUAUGCCUGUAUACUAAAACCGAUAAUCCUAGAGUGCCACUAACGAUCACCGGUUGGGGUAAAACUAGUACCACAAGAGACGUAAAAAGUACGUUAUUGCUGAAAGCUAACGUGACCGUUGUACCAAGGGCUAAGUGCGGUGAAUCCUAUACGAACUGGCGGAAACUUCCCGUGGGUAUUUCCGAGGAACAGAUAUGCGCGGGAGAUCCUCAAGGACUACGAGACACUUGCCAGGGCGACUCGGGUGGGCCGCUGCAGGGGCUGACGGAGCGCGACGGGCAGUACCGGCUCGUGGGCAUCACGUCGUUCGGGCGCGGCUGCGGCUCGCCCGUGCCCGGCGUGUACACGCGCGUCUCGCACUACCUCGACUGGAUCGAGAGCGUCGUCUGGCCGUCCUCUGACUAGACCGGAUCUUAAUAUUACUAUGGACAUUUAGUGGUAAAGAUCUAAUGAGGACUCGAAUAGAUAUCGAUAACCCGAGGCCACUUUCUUCAUAUCUUCAACUUGUAGGAUGCACUAUUUAGUACGUAGUCCGUCCGUAGUCAAAUCUUUGUAUCUCCCAUUCUUUUGUGUACAAUGUAGUGACAAUUUGAAUGUUCAAUAUUGAAAGUAAAAUAUAGUGAUACCGUCGUUACUUCUGAUUUUCCAUAACACAAGUGCUUUAGCUACAUACAUUGGGAUCAGAGUAAUGUAUGUGAUGUUGUCCAAUAUAAAAAAUAUAAAAAAAAUAAAAGUCACGAUAAUAUCGAAAGAGAAGCGAAGGAUUAAUUUAUUAGGUAUUAUUAUUAUACUGUUUCGUUAAUUUAAAUAGCUUUAUUCUUUCUAAUUUUGUUUAAAAUAUCAUGUAAUUCAAAAUUUGAUUCGUUUAAUUUCGACGUUAACUAUUGAAGUUCAUAUACAUUCGAAUUGAUUUAUUCUAGUUAAUUAGAGACCAUUCAUACAUUAUAUAUUAAUUAUAGCCCUUCAAAUUUAUAUGUAAUGUAAACAAUAGGCUUAUGUCUACUUCUGGUGCUUCUCCAGGAUUCUGCUCUGAGCAUUUUUACGUAGUUGUAAAAAUAUAGAAAAGCUCUACUAAGUAAUAUAUAUAUAAUGUAUAUGUAGAACUCAAGCAAUGUGAUAUGUUUUCGCUCCUAGCGAUUGCUAAUUAUUAUCUAACAUUGAUUAUUUCCACUGAUAGUUUUAGAUGUAGAUUUUUUUACUUGAUGCUUAAAACCGAUGACAAUUUUAUACUUCUUACUAUAGUCGCGGUUCUUUACGUUACUUAACUUUAUAAAGGUGUCUAUAUCUACUAUAUGAGCAAAUUAUAUAGAAAUUUGCUUAGUAUAGCAUGAUUACUCUUUUUGUUACAAUUUAAUAAAGACUGCAUAUGUAGAACAAAAAGUUGUAGACCUCUGUCACAUUAUGUAUUCCUAAUAUUGAACUGCUCUUGUAACAUUAUAGUAGGUACUAAAAUGUGGCGCUCUUGUAUCUGUCUCUCUGUUUCUAUAUAUAAAUAUUUACUGAUAUACUUGUUAUGGUUAUUUUAUUCCAUGUUUAUCCGUUGUAAUAAAUUGAAUAAAAUCAAAAUUGUCAAGUCUCAUAAAUAUCGUGCACUAGUCAAUGAUGAAAAACGAAGCUCUCUAUUUUUAGUAAAAUAUUUUUGUGAUUUAAAUAUUUUUGUCUUAGCAUAUUUUUACAUCAAUACCGAAGUUUCUGAAUAUGUAAUGAAAUGUGAAUAAAUAUUUAUACUUUUUUAA